UGUAACAGUCGUCAGGGCAAAGCAAAAAAUGGCUUACCAGACGUUCCAGCAGGAGUAUUUACAGAUUCCGGUGGUUACAAGGACGUACACGACUGCCUGUGUGCUCACUACUGCGGCUGUCCAAUUAGAGCUCAUUACACCUUUUCAGCUGUACUUCAACCCCGAUCUGAUAUUAAGGCACUACCAGGUAUGGCGACUCGUGACCAACUUUCUAUUCUUCGGUCCCGUCGGCUUCAACUUCUUGUUCAACAUGAUAUUUUUAUACCGUUACUGUCGAAUGCUGGAGGAGGGCUCGUUCCGAGGCAGAACCGCUGACUUUGUCUUCAUGUUUCUGUUUGGUGGCCUUCUCAUGACUAUAUUUGGCAUGUUUGUGAGUCUUGUGUUCCUGGGCCAGGCGUUCACCAUCAUGCUCGUGUACGUGUGGAGCCGACGGAACCCUAACGUCCGCAUGAACUUCUUCGGCCUGCUCAACUUUCAAGCCCCCUUCCUGCCCUGGGUGCUCAUGGGAUUUUCCCUGCUCCUGGGAAACUCCAUCAUCGUAGACCUUUUAGGCAUUGCAGUGGGACAUGUGUAUUUCUUUUUGGAGGAUGUAUUUCCCAACCAACCCGGUGGAGGACGAUGGUUAAGGACUCCUUCCUUUCUCAAAAUGCUCUUCGACACACCAGAGGAAGAUCCAAACUACAACCCCCUGCCCGAGGAUCGGCCCGGUGGGUUCGCCUGGGGCGAGGGUCAGCGUCUCGGGGGUUAAACCCCAGCAGCACCGCCACUCCAAGCACACAUUCAUGGACUCCUACUCGUAUUCUCUUGUGCUGUAAGAAAAGAUCGGGACUUCGAGACUGCACUGCGGUGUACGUGCGGGUACUUUCUGUCCCCCUUCCAAACUGCUUGCGAGACCCAGACUGACACUCGGACUGCUCGUACGGGUUUAAGACCGAAGGCAGGAAGAUUCAGCGCUGUUGCUCUUGCAGUUUGUUUGUUUUUUCCUCCGUCGUGUCGUGGAACAGUAAUCACUAAUGUGGAGCUACUGCGAAACGCUGGAUUGACUGAAGCCAGAACAAUUGUAAUUUUACUUACUUUUUUUUUUUUUUUUUU